AUGCUGGCCCCAGCUGCUCCCGCGCUCAAUACCGUGCGCGGGUUUCAAACUCCAGUCACUUCCGGAGACGAGGAUUCCGACUAUGGCGCCGCGACUCCCCGCCUCGGGGCCCAGGACUCACGCUCGCGCUCCUCUCGUUGCCGUAAAGACCGACCUACCCCUACUAUCGACGACGUAGUCAGCGCAAACUGCAGCCCGCUCUUGAAGGCUGCGCCGUCACCGGCUGUCAGCGGCAUCGCGAAACUACGACUUCAGCUAGAGCCUCUGAGCCUUGACAGCAACAACUCGUCCCGUGCGAGCUCUAUGACACGCAGUGACAGUCGCCAGCAUGUUGCCUCUCCCUUGGCCAAGGGCGUCAACGGCCAUGGUCCUACGAGCAUCCCACUUAGCCGAACUCAGAGUCACGAGGGUAGCGGCAGCGGGAGCGAGACGGCGUCGCUGUGCAGCACCAGUUACGAGAUCAAUUUGGAGAAUGAUUUUGUCAGCGAGAGUGUGAGCGAGCGCAAGGGAUCUGGACAUGGAGCCGGCAUGUUCGCCGAUGCGAUCGAGGGCGGCAUCGUGCGCCCUCGCACUAAGAUGGAGGCUGGCGAUUUUGAGCCCUUGAGGUGCCUGGGCAAGGGUACGUAUGGUACUGUCCUGCUCGUCAAGCAGCGUACCACCGGACGGCUCUAUGCGCAAAAGCAAUUCAAGAAGGCGUCGCUCGUAGUGCAUAAGAAGCUCAUCGAGCAGACGAAGACCGAGAGACAGAUCUUGGAGUCGGUCAACCGACAUCCCUUCGUUGUGAAACUGUACUACGCUUUCCAGGAUCAGGAGAAACUAUAUCUCAUUCUGGAGUACGGCCAGGGAGGCGAGCUCUUCACCCAUCUCAACACCGAGAAGAUGUUUGCCGAGCCCGUCGCUGCAUUCUACAUGGCAGAGAUGGUGCUCGCAUUGUCACACCUGCACGAUACCCUUGGUGUCAUUUACCGUGACCUCAAGCCUGAGAAUUGCCUCCUAGACUCUGAGGGCCAUCUGCUUCUGACCGACUUCGGCCUCUCCAAGGUCGCUGCCGACGAUGCUUCCUGCAACUCCAUGUUGGGCACCGUCGAGUACAUGGCGCCAGAGGUCAUUCAAGGCCAGAAGUAUGGCAAGGCGGUCGACUGGUGGUCUUUCGGUGCGCUAGGGUACGACCUCAUGACCGGCAACCCGCCGUUCCGGGGUCAGAAUCACGCCAGGAUUCAGGACAACAUCGUCAAGCAGAAGCUCAUCAUGCCUUACUUCCUCAGCCCGGACGCAAAGGAUUUGCUGACCCGACUGCUGAAGAAGGACCCAAGCAAGCGACUGGGUAGCCACAUGCCAAAGGAUCUCGCCACGAUCAAGAAGCAUCGCUUCUUCCGCAAGAUAGACUGGAAGGCUCUGGAGGCCCGUGAGAUCGAGCCACCUAUUCAGCCGAUGAUCACAGACCCUGAGCUUGCUGAAAACUUCGCGCCAGAAUUCACGGACCUGAGCCUGAGCCCAGUCGUCACGGCGAAGGAGCUGUUUACUCCGUCAUCUCUGAAGUACGAUGGGCAGGACAAUCCUUUUGGCGGCUUUAGCUAUGUUGCCUCGUCAAGCCUGAUCGAGCGUGACGGCUUCAUGUUUGCUGCUUGA